AUGUACUUCACAGUUUGGGAAACCCGCUACAUUGACCUGGUAACAUUUCCUCCAUCUACCAUCCUGCAUAAUGCCUGGGUUGACACUGUGUGGGAACUGGACUUCACCGAGACGGAGCCUUUGGAUUCCCGGACCGAGGGCUUGAUAACCGAUGACGGCUUGGAGGCUUUUGUUCGGCUUUAUAAGGCGCUCUUUCCAUUUAGUGCAGAUGACCACGAGACCACAGAAAGCAUCUGGCCUCUUUUGGUGGAAAGCAACCUCUGCCCGAAGGCCGUGGUCGCUGUGUUGCAUCACUUUGUCCAGGAGGCCCAGAACAGGAAGGCCAACACACAACAACGCCUGUUUGCCCUCCACGCGGCUGGAUUGUAUUUUUUGUUAGUUGAAAUUCCUGGCAGCAUAGCCAACCAGCUAUUGCACCCGGUGAUGUUCGAGAAAUGCCUUCAAACCUUGUCCAAAUGUUGGCCGGAGGAGUUAGAUUUGCCCAGGAAAAGGAAAAAAAAACAGAGCAAAAACUUGAUGGGCGAGAGAAAGAAAGGGAAGCCAGCAAGAAAUGAAAACGCCCCGAUGGAUGACAUCUUUGAAGAGGAAGACGUUCAAGAAGAGAUUUACUUCUCCACCCGGGAGCUGCUUGAAAUCCGCGAAGCCCUCUUCCUCCUGCUGAAAAACCUCCUGAGGCUGUUUUCCAAGUUUUCCCUGAAGGAGAGGCCCCAGUGCGUUCAGACCUGUAUUCAGAUCUUCGUUAAGCUGACGAGUCUGGAGCCCUGCACGCUGGACUUCAAGCCUUUGGACGUGACGACUAUUUCCAGAGCCAAGUAUGUCUCGGAGCUUGCCUACUUCGGCCUGCGGCUGCUGUGUUCCCCACUUCAUAGCCCAGGAGACAAG